UGCUUGUCUGCUUGAUCGCUCGGUCUUCCCCUGUUCCUGUCUCUACGCUUGCUUGGAGGGUGAAGUGGUUGUUCUUUGGAGCAAGGAUCCCCCCUUCUUCUCUUGUGACCGCUCUCUCUUCGCGCUCGCUCGUCGUGCAUUAGUCGGGAAAAUAUGGCAACCCCGUCGAGGGGGGUGUCCAGAACCUUUUCUGCGCAAUUCGGGCGCCCGGAGGACCGCGAGGUUCAUGGGCUUGCGAGGAAACUGACUUGCGCGGUGUGCUCCGCAACAGUUGUAGGCGUGCUCCUGAUUCUGCUUGGCCAAGUUCUUCUUACCCUCGCAGCCGUUCCGGAGUGGGGAUCGAACACGAGAGAGACCAUGGUCGAUCUUGAGAAGGCGAACCUGGAGAAAAUUUCGGAGGCCAAGGCCGGGACUAUUGAGGAGCACUUCGGUCGGGUGAAGGAGACCGUUUUGCAGCUGCAGGCAUUUGGAGAGCAGGCAGGCCUCAUCGUGCCGGAGACGAUGACGGUCGAUGCGUAUGUGGAACAGAACUCGGGGCUGCUAGAGCCGGAAAUCCUGGACUACGAGCACUCGGUCUGGUUCAUCCCGGAGUUCGGCGCGGAGGCGCCAGAGGCCGGCAGUACCGUGGAAGGUCUCCUCAAUCGCUCAUCGCUCAUGGAUGUAGCGUUUCGCGGAAUGCAGCGUCAGCACAGCCUUAUCUUCAUCUCGGCCUUGGAGGACCCUACUCCAGCUGAAGGGGUGGUGCCCUAUAUCGACUUUCAGUCGUACCCCGAUUAUAACAUGUCCCUCGGGGACUAUCUCACGUGGGGCGAAAACGCGAUUUGUGACGAGCGGUACGACACUACUGGUACCUUCGAAGGGAUGCACUUCGAGCCGCGCUGCAGGCUCUGGUACCAAGACGCCCUCGAGGCGGGCAAUACUGGGUGCAUAAUCACUAAACCUUAUGUUGACGCACAUACGUCCAAGCUCAUUCUAACGGGUGCGGCACCCGUGUUCAACCCCUCCGGCAACCUUCUGGGAGUGGUCGGCUUGGACGUCAACUCUUCGGAUAUCGAGAGUACCAUCAAACACCUAACUGUUAUCGACGGGGAGGGCUACGCCUAUCUGCUGGCCCCGGGAGGGGAAGGGCAGGUAGCCGUUCACAACUUCUUGGAAAACUACGGGCAAGAACAGUACGUAUACGACCUCGAGCCUGUGGAUGUGGAAGAGUUCGAACCCGUUUUGACGAAAAUGAACGAAAGAUGCAGUGGGUCGGAGGAGUACACGAUGAACGGGGAGACUUGGCUGCUGGCGUGGAACCACGAAACGGUAAGCACCUCGUCAACGGUUGCAACGGCAACUUCGGGGACGGAUGCUAAUGAAGGGUGCGAUGGCUUCAUCGUUGUCGUUACCGUCAGGGAAUCGGCCCUCUUGGAGGCAUUCUCAAAGACGGCAGACGAUAUUCGCUAUUUCGUCGCCCUGGCGAGCAUCAUCAUGGCGGUGGUGCUGCUGGUGAUCGGCUGCUGCACCGGCGGAUCCGCCCUCAUGUUGUCAACAAGCAUUACCGAACCCGUCAAUCAAUUGGUGGAUGUUGUUCAUGCAUUGAACCGGCGUGACUUCGCCGAGAAGGCCCCCGGGACGUGGAUUGUAAACGACGUGACGUCUCCCGAGGUGGAAGAACUGAUGACGGCGUUCCAGGCCAUGACCACCGUCGUCAAGUUCGCCAACAUGAGCCUGAGCCACGGCGACAUUGACGUGGCCGAACAAAAUUACAUUGAAGCCAAGGUCCUCUUCCUGAAGCUGGGAAACGAGCGGGGAGUUGGCAUCGUGCAUAACAACUUGGGCAGUGUGUAUACGCUCCAGGCGCGCGAGUAUGCUAAGCAGGCCGCGGCGGAGACGGACGAGGCGAAAGCUGACCAUCUCAUGGAGAAGGCGGACGGCAAGUUUUACGAUGCAGAGACGAACUAUCAGGUGGCGAUCGACGACGCCUUCUUGCUGCGUGCAGGACAGGAUCAGAUUCACGAAGACGACAGCGACAAGGGCGGCAUCGACGGCGACGCCAACAGAGAAGGGGAGUUCAAGGAAGGGCAGCCACGACAGUCUGGUUCAAGGCCCGACGUCGAAAAGGGGUCUGGAGUUGCAGGCGGGUCGAGGGUCAUGAGUAACCAUGGCUAUCGACACGUUAGCUCUUGCAGGGCUAGCAGCACCUACAGUGUCUCUCGCCUAUCCUUGGAUAACCCCAACUCGGCGCUCGCUCUCGACCUCCAGCUAGCGAACCGGAAGCUAAACCUUGCGCUAUGCCUGGGCACCAAAGCCUUCAGCGGUGUGCCCUUGGGGAGACCUCCCGACCUCAACGCGGUCAACCACGCCAGACGGCUCCUGAACGAAUGCGCCACGCUGGCGGCGAACAGGAACGAUCCCAAAGGUGACCAGCGACAUGUGGAGUGCCUCCUCGAAGUCGCGAAGCUCGAGCGCCAGGCGGGUCGCAGUAGCGAGGCCUUUAAUGCCCUGGAUACUGCCCAGCGCCUGGUGAUGGAUUCCCACGGUGUUGGCGGUGCGGAUGGUGCCCAUCGCACGGUCGGCCUCGGCAACCCUGCCAGUCUUGGAAUCACCGUCCCGCCGCCGGAAGGAGUCUCACUGUCCCCGCCCUUAGCGGCGCUUAGGCAGAAAGUCCUGGUGGCGCGUGGGGAGCACUGCGUCGCUUCCGGUAAACCCGAUGAAGCCAUCGAGCAUUGGACCGACGCUGUCGUGGGUUGCGGAGACAGAAUGGACGUGGUUGCGGUACGAGGUGCAUUGAUGGGUCUCCGCAGGCAGGCCGAGAACGGGUUGAAGUUCCCGAAGACGCUCAUGGAUGCCUUGGGCUUUUCAGAUUUGGAGCUAAACCGCACGGUGGGCGUCGAUCAGCUUGUGGCGGCCGUGGACAAGGCUCUGGCAAAGCUAGACUCCGUGGCGAAGAAGUCCGGGACAGCGGUGACGGCCGUGGCGGCGACCAAAGUUGACCUGUGCUUCGUCAUGGACUGCACGCGCUCGAUGCAGAGUUGGAUCGACCAGGCAAGAAACAAGUUGAAGGCCAUCAUCGACCAGGCGAAGAAGGAUGUGGACAACCUUGAGCUCCGCGUGGCCUUCGUAGGGUACCGGGACUUCGGAGACAAAGUGCGAUGCGAGGGUCCUUACGACUUCCACACGGAGGACAAAAUUCCCCAGCUUCUCGGCAAGCUGCGACACAUCAAGGCUACCGGAGGCAAAGACGUGCCCGAGGACAUUGCCGGGGGGUUGGAAUGUGCAACUCAACUGUCGUGGGAGAGCCCCAUCCGCCUGUGCAUGCUCAUCGCAGACGCGCCGUGCCACGGCUCGAUGUACCAUAGCUGCAGGGACAACUACCCGACGGGCUGCCCGAAAGGACUCGAUCCGUCCAAGCUGCUCUACAAGUUGCAGUACGAGCUCGGAGUGGAUUUCUACUUCGUCCGCAUCACUGGCAUCACUGACAAAAUGAUCAGUGUCCUUCAGAACACGGUGACGGGUUACACCUCGGAGCGCAGCCACGCACGCCGACGGCCUCUCAAGGGCACCAUAAACACCGAGCCAAAGUUCAUGGUGCAUGACCUAGGCUGCAACGAUCACCGCUUCCUUGACACCGUGGUAGAGUCCGUCAAGGCAAGCGCUGGCAUCAACCUCCGCAUCGAAGUUUACUGUUGAUGAGGAGCAGAAAAUCGUUUUUCCAACGGCCGUACAAGGAUGCAACAUUUGUUAUGUUGGGUCCCAUGCCAAAGGUAGUCAUGAGGAGGAGAGCAUCGUUAUUUGGGCGGCGGUUAAAGUUGCAUGGUUGUGAAGUUUUCGGUGCUCGACAAGUACCGAAACGAAGAGAAGGUGGGCAUAUCUUUUCGACUUUGGUUCUCGGUUCAUGUUUUGCGGUUUCAUAUGUACGCACUGUCGCGGUCUUUCGUGGGCUUGGUGCCGAAAUCAGUCGAUCAACACGAUCGUAGAAGGCAUUAACAGUGUGGGGUUACUACCUUGAGGCGUGAUUCAGCGCGGGGGGGCACAAAAUCCUCGUCGAAAGUCAAACCCGGCUGAAUGGAGGGUAGAGCCCGGCGUCCUCUCUGGUGGAUGUUUGAAGUAUUUUGUCGGUAAACCUUCGGGGAGUACCGAAGGGGAGGAGUUUCUAGGAGAAUAGUGUGCCUUAACCAUCUGGCCUGUGGCUUGAGUUGUAAGUCGGAGUUGCGAGGGAUUAGUUCGAUGUGCUGAGUAUUCAUUUCUGUGGCCCACUACAAAACGGUGUCGGUGGCAGAUGUUGCGAGGACCAAUGGACGAGCGUCAUUUCCGGCCAGUACCCGAAUUUUGGCUCGACGGACGGGGUAUGGCAGGGCCAGAUGCACACAAAAGAACCGAUGUGGUGACGAGAUCAGCAGGUUGAUCAUGUGCCUCGAAUAUUGCAGCGGAACCGUUGGUCACCCGUUGCGUGAUUAGCAUGCUUGAUGGACGUAGUUGACCAGUGCUUCAGACGUUACAGCGCAAUUGGGUGAAUUGAGGUCACCUCGUUAGGAUUCGUCUAGAACAGCCGGUCCGGUCAAACGAAAGACUGCUGUACAAACUAUUAAUGUAUUUGACGUUUAUCUGGGGGGCAUUCUUGUUGGGUUAAGCGUUUCCAAGUUCUGUGAGUCAGUUUGCUUGCUACGCUGCAGUGUUUGGCACAAGCCCGAUACUCCAUUUUUUACCGUAGUAGUAGUACAGACGUACCGGCGCGUAAGAACUUCUUUUAUUCAACCUCUUUUAUGUUGGGGCCCGUUGCUUGCUUUUUCUGUGGGGUAACCCACAUCGACUACAAUAUUGCUGUUUUUAUUUUGACAAUUAUUCAGUUGUAUUCAUCGAGUUCUUCAAUUUAGUUCGCUUCGAGCCUGAUUUUUUUUACUUGCAGGUUGUUAAGUGGUGGCGCGUACUGUAUGGUGCACAUUGUCGGCACUUUCCAUGUAUUAUAUGCCACUGUUGUUAUAGCCAUAUCGUCGGCGUUGCGUAGUGUGCCGGUGUGUGGAAGCCAGUAGCAAACGUAAGAGUUCCCUCAAAUCCAUGUGGGGUGUACCAUGCGGGUGCGUUUUAUUCCAGAGGCAAACGCCAUAGGAAGACAACGUGUGUCAAUCCUCCAAAGGGAAGAAUCAGAACCAGUCGACAUGCUCCAGUCACUUGGGGGCAACUGGGGGCCAAGAAAUAAUGGGUACCAGUAGCAGAAUGAAUAAACUACAACCAUGCAAGAAGUCAUCCGUAUGAAAGGAAACAACAAGCCGCCGAACAGCCUUAAAGGGCAGGAUGCAGCGCACUCUCCAUGUGACUCGCCGAAUGCCUCGCCGAAUUACCCAUGGCGCUUCGCGCUUGGUAAUGUGAGAGCCUGGUCCGGUGAGAACCCGGCGUGCUCCGUCCCGGGUAGGGAUGCGAGGUCAAUGGUCUAACGACGACGGCAUGCACAGCUAUGAGUACUCCCCCCCAAAUCGUUGACGAAUAGAGCCAUCCCCUCAAUCGUAGCUAGAUUGUUGAGGGAACACAAUACUGAGCAGCAAGCUGCACGUAACGCACGAACCCGCCUUCUCCGCACUUUGAAAAAUGCUGCCUUUGUACAUGCCCUCUCGUUCUCUCAUCCUCUGACACCUUCACUACGGGAUAACUCUACACCCAUCCGUGGUCUUCGUUUCCCAUUUGGUGCCAACAUGCGAAAAGAAGCUAUGGCUCGUUUCCAUGGAAAACAAAAGUUGUUUGAGCGUGAUCAACAGGCCAGAGCUGCACUCGGUCGGCAUCUACAAAUAGUGCUUAUGUAGUUAUCGCCCUGAUACGCGCCGCUAGGGUGGUGGUGAUUCGUAUUUGCUCUGACGACGCAUGACAACGCGAAAAAACGAAAGGACCAGCCAUCGGCCAGGCCUGCGCCAGAUGGGUUCAUAAAUACUCGCUGUUGUCUCGACAGCAGCAUAAAGUUGCUACUGCCUGACGACCACCCUGGGUCAAGUGUACGCUACAGGGUGACAAUUCCACAACCCUAAGACACAUUUUCAA